AUGGAUACAGUUUCAGUAAAGGAGGAUGAAAAAGUUCUAGAGAUCGACAGUCAUGACUUGUGCACAACUAUAUGCGGGGCACCGAAAUCCGAGGAACCCCAGACACCGAAUCACUGGCUUCUGCGGCUAUUCGGGGGAAGGAAGAGUCCUUGCCUCCCCGCGGUCCCGGGCCACCAGCCCCCAGAGCCGGGUCGGAGGAGCCCAACCGCACCCUCCCCAGGCGGCCUUGCAUCUCAUUGUCUCCCUCUGUCGCGGCCCCCGGGGGCGCAGGGUGCAGCCCGAGCCCCGCUGACCCCCACCCACCGGCCGGGCGAGGUCCCACCAGCCCCGGCCCCGACCCCACCCCAGGCUCGGCCGCCCGCACCGCGUCCGGAUGGCGGGGCCGGGCGCCGGGAAAAUGGAGGCGGGAGCGACGGCUGCGCUUCCCAGCCCCGCGCCCCGCCAGCUCCCUCGGCCGGCCCCGAGGGCGAGGCUGAGCACUCACCGCGGCAACGGCUCGGUCCUCCGGCGGGCACGGCUCCGGAACGGCCCCGGGCUGGACAGCCGCUGCCGCCGCCUCCUUGUCAGGCGCGGCGCUCCUUCCCGGGAGACGCCGCGAGCGCCCGCAGCUCCCGCGCCGCGCGCUCCCGCCCGGCGGCGGCAGAGCCGAGUGCGGCCGCGUCCGGCCGAGACGCAGAAGGCGGGGCUGAGGGCCGGGCGGCCGACGGGCGGACAGACUCGCGCCCGGCCGCUCGCUCCCCGCCGCCCCCCGCCCGUCGCCAGCCACUCACUUCCGGCGAAGGCAGCCGAGCCCGCCCCCCGGGCGCCCGUUGCGAGCGCCCCCUGCCCGCGCCCCCUGGCCCGCCUCGCUCUCCACAGCCCCAGGCGCCCGACCGCACCCAGCCCCGGCCGCCGGCGCUCCGCCUGUCCGCGCGUCCCUGGGAACCGCCUCCAGGAACCAGUGAAUCAGAGAAUGAAUGA